CUUCGAAAUAAAACUUUUACUAAGCUCACUUGUGUUGAUCGUUUUGCAAUACAGAUACAUGGUAUCCCCUGGACACAAAUAGGCUAUCUUCGUCGGUUUCCGUUCUUUUCGAGCAAACAGAGAAAUACAGUAAUUGUCCAGCUCCCAGUCAACUACACAGAUUCGGAGAACGGACAACAGGUGGUUGGCGGUGGUGAUAUUCUCGUGCUCUGUAAGGGCUCUCAAGAGGCUGUCUCUAGGCUCUGCCGAAGUGAUUCUGUUCCGGCAAACACUGACAGAAUACUCCAAAAAUUGACUGUUCAGGUUGGUAGUCCACGACUUUAUCUCUAA